AUGACAGCCAAGGUCCCUAGGAACUUUCGCCUUCUAGAGGAGCUAGAGAAAGGAGAGAAGGGAAUGGGCCCUGAGGCCUGUUCGUACGGUUUGGCCGAUGGAGAUGACCUGAUGAUGACGAACUGGAACGGCACAAUCCUCGGCCCACCACACAGUGUACACGAGAAUCGGAUAUACAGCGUCAAUAUCCACUGCGGUGACCAGUACCCAGACUUGCCCCCAACGAUCCAGUUUGUCUCAAGGGUAAACAUACCCUGUGUUGACGCGAAGACCGGCAAGGUCGAUCCUUCCAAGCUCCCCUGCCUCGCUCAGUGGAAACGUGAAUUUACCAUGGAGACAGUGCUCCUUGAACUUCGAAGGGAUCACCGCUCCAAUGCCCAGAUGCCGCGAUAUAUACAUCCGAGAAAGUCGGGCGUUCACCGUUUAGCUUGCCUUUCCCUUUACCACGCCUUACUCUCGCAAUGCUCGAAAGCGUGGCUCACACGGUCCAAGGCAUCGGAUAUCCGGGAUAUUAUACAAACUAGGUUUCGUCUGGAUAAACCGGUAGAAAGUCCGAGCCGGAUUGAAAAGUCCCUGAGAGCUGGCUAUGAGGCUCUGAAAUUACUGAAAUCAUGCGCCGCCGGAGACUCUGCGAGCAUCGAACGCGUUGACUCGCUGAUCACCUCGACUCAACCUUUUAUUCAGAAAUACAAGGAUAAAUGCGCUCGACGCGCCCGUCGACUACAAGAGAUAGAACUGGAACAAGCCAACACUCCGAAAGUCAAGCGCCACUUUAGCGUUAAAAGAUUCUUCGAGUCAGUCCUGGUUCGACCUUACCCCAAAGUGUCCGGUAUUCGUCAGGCACCCCGAUUCGUCAGUGCACGCGGCGUACCAAUCCUUAGAAUCGAAAAGCCGCAAUCGAGGCGUUUGAGUCUAGCUAUUAAAAUUAAGCUGGACACCCGGUGGAAGAAAAUUUUACGCAAACAGAGGUUAACGUUUGAAGCUGCGCAGGCCCGGGAGGAGGAUGCAUGGGAUGCAUUUACUUCGCAAAAGGAGGAGGUCACUUGGGAGCAGGGUGUGCAGGACUGCCUCAAAACGGUUACGGAGGAUAUUCAGGAGGGAGAUGCUAGAGAUCUAGAGCUGGCGAAGAAGAUGUGGGAUGUAGUGGUGGCGGAGAGAAAGUUGGUGGAGAAGGAAGCGAGGGAGAGGAUGAAACAGGAUAUAGAGCCCAAACCGCUCGUUAAAGGAUGGUUGCAAUACUUUACGAGUGCAAAGGCUGCGGUUCAAUGA